AUGGACGACACGACGCUGGCGCUGCUCACCGCCAUUACUCAGGGCUGCGGCGCCCUCAAAAUGGUCGUCUUCAUGUGCACCAGGCGCCACUUCAGCGCGCUGGUGCGCCGGCUGGACACCCUCCUGUCGCUGCAGAGCGAGGUCUGCGGCGGCGGCGGCGGCUCUGUGCCGGCGGCCAUCCUGCGCGCCUCCCGGAGGCGGGCGCACCGCGCCACGCUGGGCACGCUGCUCUUCAUGCUGUCGCAGUGCUUCGUGUGGUACCCCAUACCGCUUGUGGCGCACGCGGAAGAGCGCCGGCUGCCGUUCGCGCAGCACCCCUGGGACGGCAACAGACACCACUACGCGCUGUCCUACUUCGCCCAGUGCGCGGCCGGCUUGCUCAUGACGCAGAUCAGCUUCGGCGUCGACUGCCUCUUCGCGUCGGCCAUGAUCCUUGUGGCUGCCCAGCUACAGAUCCUAGCCGUGCGCCUCAAGGAGAUGGCGGUCGUGUCCAGUAUCCCGUGUAAAGGAAAGACCGCAUACUUUGAGGAAGACCUCCUGACGAAAGGCACCGACCAAAUGUAUAACUCACUGCGCAUUUGCAUCGAAGACCAUCAGAAAAUCUUACGGUCAGUUUUCUUCAUCUCAGCCUUGCUAUGUACUUCAUUAACAUACUCUUAG